AUGGCGUCUGGUGACUUCGGGGCGAGGUGCUGCAUUGUGGUGAUUUCUGGGUCAUAUGUGCGUUGCAUGCGUUUCACACAGGAGUGUGUGUGUUGUCUGUCUGGUUGAUACAGUCUCUGAGUCUGGAAGCAUCCCUCUCUUCUUAUAACCCCUUAAUAACGGCUUACUAAUUUAUUAAUGUAGACACUUACCACCACUCCCUGUCCUACUGUCUUUUCAUAUCUUUCCUCUGAAUGGAAAUGUGUAUGUUUUGUCUGAAUAAUGUUUUAUAUCAUCAGCUCUUUGAAAAGGCAGUCCAUAGAAAGUGAAUCUUGCAUUUUGUCAGGCAGUGCAACUAUUUAUCAGCCAAUUACAUUUUGCACGUUAGCUCGAUUCACUUUGCUAUCCUAUCCACGUAGUGUAGCAUGACAUAUUGGCUGGCUGACUUGACAUGAGAACAAAUGCUAUACAAUUUUUCUUCAUUACAGUACAGAAAGCAGAUAUAAUACAUUUUGUAUACUUCUACAUAUCGCAAAUGCUGCCUUGUACAUCUCACUGGGUCAUGUUCAUUAGGCACCAAAUGGAGGAACGGACUGAAGCAGGGGGGAACCACAUGGACAAAAAUACAAAUGUUCUGUUGCAAAACAUAAAUAAAUGUUUUCCGUUGCGUGCGCUGAUGAACACGUCCCAGGUUUGCUGUAGACAUCCUUCAGAAGUGCGACAGAGGCCCUUGAGUGGCCUGCUCUCCAAACACAGAGGGUCUAGCGAUGUCAGUGAUGACAUGGGUGUUCUGAUGCCCUGAGCCGUCACUCGUCAACGUCAGUAACGCUCCGAUGAACUGACAGCAAGGGCAGGCCCUUGUCUUUCCCCCUCUAAAGCAUAAGUGGCCCAUUCUCACAUCUAUGUGUGGGUUUCUUGGGUUUAUGGUAAAGGUUCAAGACAUUCAAUUGGGUUCUCACAUGCAAAUCAUCUAUAAAAUACAGUAUAGAAGAUAGUACUGUAUAAGUACUUAAGUAUUACUACAGUAAAAGCAUAGUAUAAUAUUUUAUAACAUACAGAUAGUGGCCCUUGGGUUUCUCAUUUUUGGAAUUAUUAUUGGUGCAGCAGAGAGAACCUGCUUGUCACCAAUCAGUCAAACUACUGGGCUAUAAAAUCUUCCAACCAAUUAGACUCGCAUGAGCAGAAAUGCCUGUAAUAUUGAUAGCUGUGUAUACCACAUCAUUUUCACAAUGGUAUGGUGCUUCUGUAUUGGUGGCAUAGUGAAGUACAAACCUAGGAUACAAUGGCAAAGUUAAUCCAAACAACAUAAUAUUCAAGUCUAUCAAAGCAUGAUCAAAGUAGUCAUAGUGCUAAACAGAACUCCACCAAUCCUUAGAUAGAACCUCCAUGAAGCUUACUCUGUGUCUGUCUAAAGUGACAACGCAGAACUCUUUUGAAGCACGUUUUUUCUGUGGCCUACCGCCCCUGGUUGUGCUGGCUUGGCUUGGGCCUUGAUCGCUGCGGCUCAGGAGCAUGGUCAUUGGCGAGAGCCAGGGGGACGGAGGGGGCUGGCGUGACCCUGUGGUGACCUUGGCUGUCUGUCUCUUGGGGUUGGUAGUUGUUGGUACUUUAGAACCCUUUUCACACUAUCGUGCCAACCCACACUGGCUCGGGUAUUUUCUCCACACAUUGUGCUUUCUAGCACAGUUCCAUUAGCUAUGGUGAAUGGAUGAAUGCAUUACCAGGCCAGCCAAAUACAGCUCGGCUCGGCUUGGCUUGGCUCAGCAGUGUGAAAACUGUAUAUUAUAGGAGGCUGAGGCCUGAUGUGGUUGUGACUCAUUGUGAUGGGCUCUGUGUGGGGUUCGACAGGAGGGCGAGACCCUGGAGUCAGAGACAAAGCAGUUUGAGGACCUGGAGUUCCAGCAGCUGGAGAGGGAGAGCAGCCUGGAGGAGGAGAGGGAGACCAUCAGCCAGCAGCUGCUGCAGGAGAGGGCCGAGUACCACACCAGCGUGGCCAAGAGGAAGGUAAUGGACUGAACUGGACUACAAUGGCUGCUCCUAUCUAUUCUGACCACCGUUCAUCAUAUCUGGAGCUGUGAAUAUGAAUGUCUGUCAGAGAAACUAGCUCAUUUCUGAUGAUGGCUAAAUGCCUUUACAGGUUGAGAGUAAAUAGUAUGAUCAUUCACGUCAAGAAUGGUGUUGGUGGGGAUACCUGACAAAGACAUGAUACAUGAUUACUGCUUUGUUUUUGGUGUAGUGUAUAUUUUCUCAAUUUAAAGUAAUCUUGUUGAGUACCCCUUUAAUUCAGCAAUAACUCUCCAAACAUGUUGUCUUCCAGGACAAGGUGGCAGCUCUGGAAGGCCAGGCCAGUCAGCUGGGACAGCAGGCGUCUCAGGAGUGUGACAGGCUGGCUAAGGACAGGAACCUUACCCUGCAGAUUCUCCAUAAGGUAACAUUACAGUACAGUCCAUAUCUGGCCCAGCAGCCACUCUACGAUCUACACAUAUACAGAAAUGACAUUGUUGGUUAUUACUCAGUUUUUUGUAAUUGGACUGGUGAUUCCCAUGAAACCCCUUUUGAAAAUGACUAUAAUUUGAAUCUAAUCAUUAUCACUCUCUGGUCUUGCUUGACAAGUCAUUACCACAUGAAGGGCAAUGUGCCGUGCCAGCCACAUCCGAUUUAAGUCAAUUAAUUAAGAGCUUGUUGGCGGUUUUCCCAUUUGUUGACAUUUCAUUUUCGAUCUUCAUUACUCGGCACAUGUGCUGCCUUGUCCCCAGCUUUUCUGCAAGUGGCACAUUUUCUAAUUUGGUAAAGAAACUACGGCGAUCCAUAAUCAGGACAGAGUCAGAUAGUUUCAGCAAUGUAACGUACAAGAAGCUAUGUCUUAAUACAACCAUACUGUAACCAGGGGAUAGUGAUGGGUGAGGUAAGCUGUCAUUUGGUCUUGUCACAGUCUCAUGUGUUCUGGUGUCUCUGUGUUCUAGGAGAAAGAGAGACUAUUGGCCCUAGAGAAGAGGUACCUCAGCCUUACUGGAGGAAGAAGUUUCCCUAAGAGUUCCAGCACCAUGAAAGAGGUGAGGGGGGUUUAUCUUACCGUCUUACAGGGGUCGCGCACCUACAAGGACAGUUAUCUAUCAUGACGCAGACAGAUGAACGGACCUCCACUCGGAUCACUUGUCUAAAGCCACACUCCUUCAUUUGUGAAAGAACAACAAAGACCACCAACAAAAAUGUUAACAAUGGAGAAAAUGCAAAUAGUAGGCUUAUGCUACUAGAUUUCUAUGAUACAUCUGUUGUUCUCAAUUAAUGAUUUCCCAUGAGUGCAACGUUUCUUCAAGUACAAAAUUACAGACUUUGGCUUUAAGGGAAAUGUUAUGGUUUAUGUAGUUGAGAUGGUAGAAUGUUUAACUGGUGAAUAUAACUUUUUACCUCAGGUGUAGGUCUGGUGUGUCUUGUUCUACUACUUGUGUGUCAGAGUAACCAUUUAUUUACUGUGUUUAACACGAUGUGGUGUCGGCUUGUGAAGUAUGGCCUUAUUUACAUUGUGGUCGGAUACAGUUGAUAACAUCAGUCAAACUGGUUUGAUCCGAUAAAUCAGAUCCGACUGACAUAUUUUUUUUGAUUGGAAACAUCUGUAAUUUGAUGAUGGAUUGCACAUAAUAUCUCAACACAGGCCAGCGAGAUACAAAUCUGAUCUGAAUCCCCGGCUGUGUUGUUUAUUCUGAAAACCGAUUUAGUCUCGUGUUCUGACAUAACCUAUCAACCUGCGUUCUUAUGCAUUUAGACCAAGUUCAUUACAUGAGAUACCUAUCAGUUUCAUUGUUGAAUUGGAUAUAAUGGACUCUUUUAGACCACUGUAAACUAGCCCUAUUAAACUGAGGAUAACAUGCAGGGGCACUCAAUGUGCAAUAACACCUAUGAUUGACCCUUUUGUGAUUGACACUUAUUAUCCCAAUACUGUAUUGACACCUAGUGGAGGUUAGAGGGACAUACACCGUAACUGCAACAGGAGCUGAAACCAGUGUCCCUGACUUCCUAUUGAAACAGGAAGUGCUCCAUAUCAGCGAGACUGACCUGUUAGAGGACUCCCACUCCCAGCAUCCUUUCUGCCAACCUACUGCUUCCUAUUUAAGCUCCUCCUCUCAGUUAUACCCAGGGGGCAGCCCGUCAGAGGUAACCAGACUAACUGUCACUGCAUGACACCUAAACUCACUCACUGUAACCCCCCAUGCACAGUUUGUCCAAAAAUUAAAGGCCCACUCUGUGAUAUUUACAGCUUUAUAGGAAACUAAGUUCCGAGGCUGCCAUUUUAUUGUUGUUUUUUCAUUAAGGAGUGGGCCUUUAAGAGGUCUGCGUGAGUUAUGUCUUGUUACCCCCAAUCACUCAUAGCAAAUUUCACCCUGCCCCCCAUAUGUAGCUUAAAAACACAUUUGGUCAUCCUGUGAGGCCCUUGAAGUACGGUACUGAUUUGAAUGUCGUCAUUGUUUGUCUUUAUGAAAUACUUGGUCUGUUGGAUUAACUGUGGCCAUUUUAAUUGAUGUUGUGUGUCUCCAACUUUUAGAAUGGGCAAAAGCAUAAACAACUCAUGCUACAACUGGGGUGUGAGGAUGCUGUGUUUGUGUGAAGAUUUAGCCAGAGGCUCACAUGCACAAUACUUUGUCUCUCAUUGAAGUGUACUAUUCUGUUUGGUUUGUGUGGUACACAUUUCUCUAUUAGCAUUUUGCUAUCCUUUGAAGAUGGCGAGAGCUUGUUGACAUCUCUGUUAUUGUAUUCUUUUGCCACAUGUUUUCAGUUCUCCAGCUCGAUGUGAGCCUUGGGGAAUUGUGGGAAAUUACAGGGUAGAGAAAUGCUGUGCUCUUUAUUUUGUCCGUUCAUAUACAGUGAGGGAAAAAAAUAUUUGAUCCCCUGCUGAUUUUGUACGUUUACCCACUGACAAAGACAUGAUCAGUCUAUAAUUUUAAUGUUAGGUUUAUUUGAACAGUGAGAGACAGAAUAACAACAAAAAAAUCCAGAAAAACGCAUGUCAAGAAUUUUAUAAAUUGAUUUGCAUUUUAAUGAGGGAGAUAAGUAUUUGACCCCUCUGCAAAACAUGACUUAGUACUUGGUGGCAAAACCCUUGUUAGCAAUCACAGAUGUCAGACGUUUCUUGUAGUUGGCCACCAGGUUUGCACACAUCUCAGGAGGGAUUUUGUCCCACUCCUCUUUGCAGAUCUUCUCCAAGUCAUUAAGGUUUCGAGGCUGACGUUUGGCAACUUGAACCUUCAGCUCCCUCCACAUAUUUUCUAUGGGAUUAAGGUCUGCAGACUGGCUAGGCCACUCCAGGACCUUAAUGUGCUUCUUCUUGAGCCACUCCUUUGUUGCCUUGGCCGUGUGUUUUGGGUCAUUGUCAUGCUGGAAUACCCAUCCACGACCCAUUUUCAAUGCCCUGGCUGAGGGAAGGAGGUUCUCACCUAUGAUUUGACGGUACAUGGCCCCGUCCAUCGUCCCUUUGAUGCGGUGAAGUUGUCCUGUCCCCUUAGCAGAAAAACACCCCCAAAGCAUAAUGUUUCCACCUCCAUGUUUGACGGUGGGGAUGGUGUUCUUGGGGUCAUAGGCAGCAUUCCUCCUCCACCAAACACGGCGAGUUGAGUUGAUGCCAAAGAGCUCCAUUUUGGUUACCAAUUAGACUAUGGUCCCAGCUGCCUUGAUCAUUGACAAGAUCCUCCCGUGUAGUUCUGGGCUGAUUCCUCACCGUUCUCAUGAUCAUUGCAACUCCACGAAGUGAGAUCUUGCAUGGAGCCCCAGGCCGAGGGAGAUUGACAGGUCUUUUGUGUUUUUUCCAUUUGCGAAUAAUCGUACCAACUGUUGUCACCUUCUCACCAAGCUGCUUGGCAAUGGUUUUGUAGCCCAUUCCAGCCUUGUGUAGGUCUACAAUCUUCUACCUGACAUUCUUGGAGAGCUCUUUGGUCUUGGCCAUGGUGGAGAGUUUGGAAUAUGAUUGAUUGCUUCUGUGGACAGGUGUCUUUUAUACAGGUAACAAGCUGAGAUUAGGAGCACUCCCUUUAAGAGUGUGCUCCUAAUCUCAGCUCGUUACCUGUAUAAAAGACACCUGGGAGCCAGUAAUCUUUCUGAUUGAGAGGGGGUCAAAUACUUAUUUCCCUCAUUAAAAUGCAAAUCAAUUUAUAACAUUUUUGACAUGUGUUUUUCUGGAUUUUUUUGUUGUUAUUCUGUCUCUCACUGUUCAAAUAAACCUACUAUUAAAAUUAUAGACUGAUCAUUUCUUUGUCAGUGGGCAAACGUACAAAAUCAGCAGCGGAUCAAAUACUUUUUUCCCUCACUGUAGUUGUUCAUGUUUUUCACACAAGCUUGUGUGUUUAUAUUUUAAAAACACAAGAUAAAGCAGCAGCUUGUCUUGGAAGGUUGUAAAGUGUGUGCACGUGCACAUUUUUUAUAUGGGUGCACAUCCGUGUGUGUGUAUGAGUAUGCAUAUUAUGAAAAGGACGUGUCAUGGAGUGAGCUCAUGGCCUCUUGUCCUGUUUGGUUUGCGUUGCUUUACUUUGGCUCUCAGGAGUACAUGAAGCUCUCGGAUGUCUAUAAGAUGUAUGGGAGUGAUUGCCAUGACACCCAACUCACCACCUCUGCUCAGCAUGGCCUCUCGCUCACCCUAGACGCAGCUGUCCCCUGCGAGGUACCAUUGCCCUCUCUUUCUCUCUCUCACUAUGUCUCACUCUCUUUCACUCUAUCUUUCUCUCCUUAUCACUCGCCCUCGGUUUCUUUCUCUUUCUUUCUCUCUCUCACUCCAUCUUUUCAUUCUUUCACCUGUUGCUCCUCUCUCUAGCUGUCUGCUUCUAGGUAGCUUACUGUACUUACAAAUUGCUGUAUUGGCUUUCUGCUACAUGGCCCUCUCCUUGAUAUAAUCAGCUCAACUAACCUCUGCAUUACUGAUUGAGAAUUUUGAGGAUAAUGGUACCAGACCUGGAUCAAACACAUACAGUGCAUUCGGAAAGUAUUCAGACCCCUUGACUUUUUCGACAUCUUGUUACAUUACAACCUCAUUAUAAAAUUGAUUAAAUUGUAUACAUUUUUUUUUAUAUAUAACAUUUACAUAAGUAUUCAGACCCUUUACUCAGUACUUUGUUGAAGCACCUUUGGCAGCGACUACAGCCUCAAGUCUUCUUUGGUAUGACGCUACAAGCUUGGCACACCUGUAUUUGGGGAGUUUCUCCCAUUCUUCUCUGCAGAUCCUCUCAAGCUCUGUCAGGUUGGAUGGGGAGCGUCGCUGCACAGCUAUUUUCAGGUCUCUCCAGAGAUGUUCAAUCGUGUUCAAGUCCGGGCUCUGGUUGGGCCACUCAAGGACAUUCAGAGACUUGUCCCGAAGCCACUCCUGGGUUGUCUUGGCUGUGUGUUUAGGGUCGUUGUCCUGUUGGAAGGUGAACCUUCUCCCCAGUCUGAGGUCCUGAGCACUCUGGAGCAGGUUUUCAUCAAGGAUUUCUCUGUACUUUGAUCCGUUCAUAUUUCCCUCGAUCCUGACUAGUCUCCCAGUCCCUGCCGCUGAAAAACAUCCCCACAGCAUGAUGCGGACAACACCAUGCUUCACCAUAGGGAUGGUGCCAGAUUUCCUUGACGUGACGCUUGGCAUUCAGGCCAAAGACUUCAAUCUUGGUUUCAUCAGACCAGAGAAUGUUGUUUCUCAUGUUCUGAGAGUCCUUUAGGUGCCUUUUGUAAACUCCAAGCGGGCUGUCAUGUGCUUUUUACUGAGGAGUGGCUUCCGUCUGGCCACUCUACCAUAAAGGCCUGAUUGGUGGAGUGCUGCAGAGAUUGUUGUCCUUCUGGAAGGUUCUCCCAUCUCCACCGAGGAACUCUGGAGCUUUGUCAGAGUGACCGUCAGGUUCUUGGUCACCUCCCUGACCAAGGCCCUUCUCCCUCGAUUGCUCAGUUUUGGACAAUUCAAUCCAUUUUAGAAUAAGGCUAUAACGUAACAAAAUGUGGAAAAAGGGAAGGGGUCUGAAUACUUUCCGUAUGCAUUGUAUCUCAUAUACAUUCAAAAACUUGCCAGUAUUUUAGGUGAGCUUGAUUUAGAUUGGAGCUUGCACUUUUGGAACUAUUUAAUUGGAUCCAUUGUACCAGGCUACUGAAUCAAGCACAGCUCAAGUAUUUUACAUAUGUAUUUGACCCAGGUCUGGAUGGUAUGAUGGGUUGAUAUUAUUGAAAGACUAUUCAUGUGUGAGUCAGGUUUACUGGCAUGUAUUUCACAUGCUGUCCUUGUUGCUGCUGUUUUCCUCCCUGUUGAUGUGUGUCCUUCUCUGCCUGUGUUUCCCUCUCUUUCCCUCUUUGCCCUUUGACCUCCUGUCUGCCUGUCUAUCUGUGGCUCCCUGAAUGAAGGAGUACGUGACUGUGGGCCAGUUAACUCAGAUCUUUGGGAUGCCGAAGGUCGAGUCCUCCCCUACCUCUCCUCUUCGGCCCCUCCAGUCAAGAGCGGGAGACCCCGCCUUCUCCUGCCUCUCCUUUCCUCAUGGCUCCUGCCCCUCUCUCUCUGUUGAGGUGUGUCUCUGGUCUCUCUCUCUUCCUUCUCACCCACCUCUCCUCCACCUCUCGUUUCUGUGAAGAUGCCCCAAAUGCCCCCUCGACCCCAGUGUCCAAAGCUGGUUGGAUUGACGUCAUUACAACCAGUUUUCAACCAUGUUUGUAAUUGGUUGUAAACUGGUUGUAUUGAUGUCAUUUCAACCAGUUUUUCCCCAUUGAGACACGUUUUUGUUAGCAUUUGCUGAUGUUUCAAGAAGAUGAACAUUGACACAAAAAAACAUAACAUUUAGAAAAAUAUGUAUAUUUCUGUCACUCCACCUGUUCCUCUUAUUUGCUCAUUAAUGCUUUAUUUUCCUAUUUCUCUUCCUCUUCUACUCCACUCUCUUGCUCUGUCCAUCCUGUCCUUUGCCUCUCUGCUGCCUCUUACUGUGGACUCUUAACUGCGGCCCUCUAGUACCAGCCUGAGCGCAGUAGGCCUCAAAUCCCCACUCUAGAUUUAGAGCAGUGGUACCAGGAGGUGAUGGCUGCUGGGGAGAGCAGCCAGCUCUGCCCCCCUCCCCCUCUACCAGCUAAAUCUCUCUCCGCUCGCAGGCCUAUGCAGGUAAUUCUCAGAGGCGCUGCCUACUCCUCUUUUCCAUUCCUCCCCUCUUCCAUUGCUUCUGUUCUGUCUUCAAAUGGCUUUUCAAGUGCAGUGUGCUUUGUUGAUUGUUCAAUGAUGGUCUGUCUGGGCUUGCUGCCACUCAUGCAUUUAGUUUUCCCUUUGUCAUUAGUUUGAAUUCUUUAAGCAUCUUUCACAUGCUUUACGGUAAUAUGUUUGUAUGUUUUGUCAGUAUUCAAUCAAGCAGUAGUACCACUGAUGGAUGUCAUUACAUUGCACUGGAAUAUGAAAUGUUCAACCUGGUUGAAUAUUCAAAAAUAAUUCUGUAAAAUGUGCAUUGUAUUUGAUGUACUACUAGGUUAUACUACAGUACAUAGAAGUACAGCCAAAGGGUUGGGAUCAAUUCCAAGUACUUGAAAUAUAAAUUUACCCCAAUCUGGGUAUAGCCUAGACUGCAAUCAAUCUCUGCUUUAUUUACUGGCACAAUGAAAAGCCAUAAGAACUCAUACUGUCACGAUCGUCAUAAGAGGCAGACCAAGGCGCAGCGUGAUAAGCGUACAUUCUUUUAAUGAGUACACACACGAACUAAACGAUACGUGAAGUCCUAGGGUUAAACACAAACCUUACGGAUCAAGAUCCCACAAUACAAAAGUGCCAACAGGCUGCCUAAGUAUGGAUCCCAAUCAGAGACAACGAGAAUCAGCUGCCUCUGAUUGGGAACCACCCUGGCCAACAUAGAAAUACAACGAUCUAGAACAGAAACAUAGAAAACUAAACAUAGAAACUAACACCCUGGCUCAACAUAAAGAGUCCCCAGAGCCAGGGCGUGACACAUACUGUAUGGCCAACUGAGGUCUUGGGACAAACCACCUGAAGGUUGUGGUUACAACAGGGUGUGUGUCUUCACACUGGCAUCUGCCAGUAAAGCACUUUGACACUGACUCUGUCAUUACACCUGUGGGAGGAAUCAAAGGACCACCGAUAAAAGGGAUGCUGCUGGUGCUGCCAUAAUAAUCAUUGGCUGUGUCUGAUAACUCAGUAGUAGUAGCAAUUAAAGUUCACUCACCAAAAGUAGGCUGCUUUAGCAUUUUCAAAGAUAUUAAUCAAUAUGUUGGUUGAAUUGAAAUGUCAAUAAAUGUGCCUUUGAAAACGCUAAAGAAGCCUAUUGUUUUGUAUUUGUACCCUACUGUACUUCUCACAGCAUCUCCCACCAGACUAGUUUUGAAUAAGCACCACAGUUUAUAUUUGUCAUUCCAUUUAAUGUAAUACAUGUUCUACUAUGUGCGGGAUAACCUCAAACAAUUAGUCUACUGCGUUUUGAUAGCUGAUCCUGGUCCGUCUUCACUCCUCCUCCCAGGUGUUCCGCUCCAAGCUGGACAGUGAUGCUGGACAGACGGUACAUCAACCCAAAGUAGGCUCCGGAUCCCAUCUGCAGUACGUAGCCGCCACACUGGGACGCAACACAACCUCCAAGGUAAACCUCAUCACCUCCGCUCCAUCACUACUGGUUGGCUAGUAGGGUCUUCAGCGGAUUAUGUAAUCAACUAUUAUUAUUUGAGGUUUAUUUAAGGUUCAUUUGAAUAGUACACAUUCACAGCUAAAAUCUGAAUUGCAGCCUACUCCUGCUUAAAUACAUAUUACCAAAUUAAAAUACAAAAUAGAAGGUACUGGUGUAGGAGGGAGGUCAAGUGUGUGGCUGGAUCGUGUAGAUCUUUUCUGAGGCAGCCAUUUGCUGUAAUCCUGUGAUUUAACUAGCUUCAUCAUAAUAGUAUAUGGUAAGUUUCCAUGAGAAAGGUUACAAGCACAUAGGGCCCUUAAACAUAAUCAAUCUGAAGGUACACUACAUGACCAAAAGUAUGUGGUCACCUGCUCGUCGAACAUCUCAUUCCAAAGUCAUGGGCAUUAAUAUGGAGUUUGCUGCUAUAACAGCCUCCACUCUUCUGGGAAGGCUUUCCACUAGAUGUUGGAACAUUGCUGCAGGGACUUUCUUCCAUUCAGCCACAAGAGCAUUAGCGAGGUCGGGCACUGAUGUUGGGUGAUUAGGCCUGGCUCGCAGUCGGCGUUCCAAUUCAUCCCAAAGGUGUUAGUUGGGGUUGAGGUCAGGGCUCUGUGCAGGCUAGUCAAGUUCUUCCACACCAAUCUCAACAAACCAUUUCUGUAUGGACCUCGCUUUGUGCACUGGGGCAUUGUAAUGCUGAAACAGGAAAGGGCCUUCCCCAAAGUGUUGCCACAAAGUUGGAAGCACAGAAUCAUCUAGGAUGUCAUCGUAUGCUGUAGCGUUAAGAUUUUAUUUAAGGAGCCUAGCCCGAACCAUGAAAAACAGCCCCAGACCAUUGUUCCUCCUCCACCAAACUUUACAGUUGGCACUAUGCAUUCAGGCAGGUAGCGUUCUCCCGGCAUCCACCAAACGCAGAUUCAUCUGUCGGACUGCCAGAUGCUGAAGCGUGAUUCAUCACUCCAGAGAACGCGUUUCCAAUGCUCCAGAGUCCAAUGGAGGCGAGCUUUACACCACUCCAGCCGACGCUUGGCAUUGCGAAUGGUGAUUGUAGGCUUGUGUGAGGGUAGGCUUGUGUGAGGCUAUGCUUGGCCAUGGAAACCCAUUUCAUGAAGCUCCCGACGAACAGUUUAUUUUUUAUAUUUUUAUUUUUAGUAAUUUAGCAGACGCUCUUAUCCAGAGCGACUUACAGGAGCAAUUAGGGUUAAGUGCCUUGCUCAAGGGCACAUCGACAGAAGUUAUUGUGCUGACGUUGCUUCCAUAGGCAGUUUGGAACCCGGUAGUGAGUGUUGCAACCGAGGACAGACGAUUUUACCACUCGCGGUCCCGUUCUGUGAGCUUGUGUGGUCUACCACUUCAUGGCUGAGCCGUUGUUGCUCCUAGACGUUUCCACUUCACAAUAACAGCACUUAUAGUUGACCGGAGGAGCUCUAGCAGGGCAGAAAUUUGACGAACUGACUUGUUGGAAAGGUGGCAUCCUAUGACAGUGCCACGUUGGAAGUCACUGAGCACUUCAGUAAGGCCAUUCUACUGCCAAUGUUUGUCUAUGGAGAUUGUAUGGCUGUGUGCUCGAUUAUAUACACCUGUCCGCAACGGGUGUGGCUGAAAUAGCCGAAUAAACUAAUUUGAAGGGGUGUCCACAUACUUUUGUAUAUAUAGUGUAUGUAUCCUGCUCAGGUCACCUGGUGUUUUGAUUUGACCUAGCAUGUGGCUACAUACCGGUAAACAACGGCAGGUUGUUAGUGUUGUGUGUUACAUGAUAGUAUCAGAUUUACAGAUUAUAUUGCUCACAAGACAAAGAGCUUGAUGUUUAUCUGUAGCUGUUGUCAUGCGUCAAAGGUUAAUGCAUAGCAUAUAAGUAUUUUUGUGUAAACCUUGAUGGUUUUUAAUUUGUGUACUGCCAUUGCGUUGAUAUGUUGCUGUAUGUGUUUUUCAUUGUUAUUUGAAUUUAAUCAAUCAAUCACUCUCUUUCUUUUGUGUCCUUCCAGAGCCCACUGAUGGUCCCCAACAGUACAGGCAGUUUGCCACGGAACUUGGCUGCCACCAUGCAGGACAUAGAGACCAAGAGAGCGCUAGCCUUACAGCAGAAAGGUAACAGCCUUUUGGGGGUUUACACCAGGCUACUGUCCCAUGUUCUGGUCUGAGGCAAGAGUUUCCUUAUAGGGUUCCAGCAGUAAACAUCAACAUGGAAUUAGUAUAGUUAUAAUGUGUUUAAGAUGGUCCUCUCCAGGUUUCUAUGAACAAGAUUUGUUGUCUGUCAUUUCAAGAUUUCCUGUCACGCUUCAGAGAAACCACACCCCAUCCCUGUCCCUGUCCCUAUCAUCCCACUUCCUCCCCCACCCAGUCUCUUCCUCCACGGUUAUGACCCCUCCCUCGCUUGCCUCCUCUAGCUCGGAUUUAACCACCAUGUUGUCCUCCUGUCUGUCUCUGUCUGUCACCCUGUCCUUCCGUCCCUCCAUCCCAACCAUCCCUCUCUCCAUCCACUCUCUAUGUCACAGAGUCCUCCUUGCCUUCCACGUCUGAGUCUCCCUGCUCCACCAUGGACAAUCCCACAGACAGACAGAUAGACAGACAGACCUCUGAGCCUGGGAGUGGGUUUGGUCUCAUGUUCAUCUCAUAAAAGUCUUACGUUCAUCUCAUAUAAACUCUCCAUCCUUCUUCUCCAUCUUCUUGUCUGCCUCCAUCCUCCUGCUGAGAAUCAACAAUGCAUGUGUUCGGUUGAAGCAGUGCUUUUCAUCUGUCAGGCCACCUUUGAUCCACUUUAACUUUGCGCCUGUUUUUAGAGCGGUAUCUGUCAGUUAUAUGAUGGAUAGCUAGCAUGGGUUUGAACUUGAAGAUAACUUCCUUGGGUUACUGGAUCAUUUUGUAUUUGUAUUUUUGCUGCUACUGUACUUAGGAAGCUUUGGUGAUGAGGAAACAUGUUGCUGGUUGAAUUGAGCUUGGGCUUUUGAUAAUACCAAGCACAUACAUGUUGUAUGUUUGAUGUAUGUGUGGGGCCUGGUUUCAUCUGUCACUGACCUGUGGUACUUUACAUGGACUCACAUGCAAUCUUUUAGGUUUACUCUGUCUUCAUAGCUGGGUGAUUCUGAUCGUCAUGACCUUUUGCUUGGCAAGUGGAUAUGAAUCGUGUGUGUGUGUGUGUGUGUGUGUGUUUGAGUUGGUUGAGGGGUGAGUAUGUGUGUCUGCAUGCUGAGGGCACUGCCAUGCAUCCUGGAACAGUCAUCAUGGGACAUGAUGGGGUAUCCCUGGACGUGAUCAAACAACCCACAGAUCAGCUGUGACCUCCUACUUCCUCCCUCUCUCUGUCCCUCUCCCUCCACCCUCAGGCCACCAGGUGAUCGAGGAGCAGCGGCGGCGUUUGGCCGAGCUGAAGCAGCGGGCUGCAGUGGAGGCCCAGUGUCAAUGGGAUGCGCUCCACGGCUCACAGACCCACCUCAACACCCAGUACGCCCCCUCUCACGUCCACGGCCCUCCCAUGGUGCACCACUCCAUCCUGCACCACCAGCCACCGUCGGCGGGCGAGCAGCCGUACGACACACUGAGCCUGGAGAGCUCUGACAGCAUGGACACCAGCGUCUCCACCGGCAACAACUCGGCCUGCUCCCCCGACAACAUGUCCAGGUCAGAGAAACGCGCACACACACACAUGCCUACCAUCAAACACACAGACACACACACACAUACCUUCGAACACACACACACGCUUCACCGAUAACAUAUCCAGGUCAAGGUCAGAGAGAGGUACACUCAGCCUUACAUGACACACACACACACACAAACGCUGGCUAAUGUCUGCCAAGGGAUCUCCGACAAGUAACCACAUGGGUCAAAUGACUCCUCCCCACGUCUUGUCUGACUGAAUUGUGCAACAUCUGUCAAUUUGGUCAAGCUGUCUUGUAUCAGCUCAUUAUUCAUUACUGCCUGUCUACUAGUGACAAAGGAAGCCUGCUUGUCUGCUCAGCUGUUGUCCAUCCACUGUUAGCAGUAUUCUGAUGGAUAUUUAAUGUACAAUAUAGGUAAUGACCCAUUUUAUAACAGUCAGUGAUAGUUAAUAAGUGUUUGUGGUAGUUAGUGUCCACAUAGUAAGUUACUGUUUUUAUGACCAGUGAUGACUGGUCUUUUAGGACUGACUUACUUAAUCCUCUUCGUUCCUAUGUAAGAAGCUUGACGAUCUUUAGCCAUUUUUGGGGUUGUCUUCAAUGACGGGCCACAGUUUUGGGACUUAAGAGUAUCAUACGCUGUUACUCAUAAAUAUAUUGAAUGAUGGAUGUCAUUGGUAGUUGAGCUGUAUCUUUGACUGUGUCUGGUUUGCAGUGCCAGUGGGAUGGAUGCGCUGAAGAUCGAGGAGAUGGAGAAGAUGCUGAAAGAAGCCCACCUAGAGAAGGCCAGGCUCAUAGAAUCCAGAGUAAGACACCAACUCACACACCAAGGCUAGCUUCCUAUCAGAUCCCAUACUGACGUCUUACUUCAGUGUUACUGCCAGAGGAGGACUGGCCACCCCUCGGAGCCUGGUUCCUCUAUGUUUCUUCCCAGGUUCCUGCCUUCUACUGAGUUUUUCCUGUGCUUCUGCCUCUGCAUUGCCUGGUCUUUGAGGUUUUAGGCUGGGUAUCUGUAAAGCACUUUGUGACAACUGCUGAUGUAAAAAGGGCUUCAUGUUCAUCCUCUCACCUUCUCUCCAGGAGCGAGAGAGCCAUGCCCGUAGGCAGAUGCUGGAGGAGGAGAGGAAGCGGCGCGAGGAGGCUGAGAAGAGGCUGCAGGACGAGACAGUGCACAGGCAGCAGCUGGUGGACAAGGAGGUGAAGAUGAGGAGCAAGAACUUCUCCCAGGUGAGCCUCAGGCCCGAUAACAACUCAAAAAUCCAAACAAAAAGAAUAUACAGUUUGAGAUCUCUCUUUGAUCCUCUUAGUCGUAUAGGCUUUUGAAAGACUCGUUACACGUUUGUUUCCUUCUUUCCUCAGGCUCGUCCUAUGACUCGUUACCUGCCCAUCCGCAAGGAGGAGUUUGACCUGCGCUCCCACAUCGAGUCAUCCGGCCACAACGUGGAGACCUCUUACCACGUGAUCCUCACCGAGAAGAUGUGCAAGGGUUACCUGGUCAAGAUGGGCGGCAAGAUCAAGUCGUGGAAGAAACGCUGGUUUGUCUUCGAUCGCCUCAAAAGGACCUUCUCCUAUUACGUUGGUAAGGAAACUGCUGCCAUUUAUAUACAUUUUUAUAUACAAAAAUAUUUGUGCGCUCUUAUUGCUCUGAUCGAGCCAAUGGGAGAUACAGUACAUGGCAUAUUCAUACCCUUUGACCUUAAUGUAGACUGUAUUUGUGAAAGGUGGUGUAAAUGAGUUUGAUAGAGAUAAACAUUAGGAUACACAAGGGUAAUGCACAUUUGUGGGUAGCGGCUUGGUAGCAGGCUUUAGAUACAGUAAUAUGCAGAUGCUUGGUGAUUUGAAAUAUAAAACAGCUAAUUAUGAAAUAAUUACUCCAUAUAAAAUUGCAAUUACUUUUCCUAGAAAAUUACGCUUUUAUUAUUUUUAUGUAGCGGUUGCAGUUUAUGCCUGAAGGUAAAAAGGGGCAUAAAGUUACCCCCGGUUCCUCUUGUGUUUUUGCAGUGGUUGAUGAAAUAAGCUGCAAUAUUGUUCCAUAAGGGUGUAAGAAUGUAGAAAUCGUUACAGAUUCUGCUAUAUAAAUGUAAAGGUAAUUUCCGAUGGAGCCGACGUGCAGCGUUUACUGUGAAUGCAGUCUCUGCUAAAGGGGGAACAUUGCCUUUAAAUUUAAAUCGCGCUGUAAAACUGAACUGUAAAACUGAGGAGUGAAUAGAGCGUAAGUCUAAAAUACAAUAGUAGUCAGAGACACUGCAACCUAUUUAAAACAAAAAGGUAGCCCUGUUCUCAACAAAAAAUUACUUGAAACAUACAUAUAUUUCAAGGAACUUGUUUGGCUGCAAUAAGCUUAAAAUGGACAUGAUGCUACAGAAUGUUUAUUUUAUGACACUGGCUUAGGAAAUACUGUACGAACUCAAGAAUAGAAUUGUGAUAAACAAUGAAAAGGAUUAUCCUUCGCUACAUAUAUUCCAUGACUCUCUCUCUCCCUCUGUCAUCAAAGAAACUGCACUGUAGGAAUCGAAGAAAAUAAUAUGUGAUAUUUUUACCAAAGCAUUUUGUCAUGUUCAUUUACUCAACAGACAAGCACGAGACCAAACUGAAAGGAGUCAUCUACUUCCAGGCCAUUGAAGAGGUCUACUAUGAUCACUUGCGUAGUGCCACGAAGGUACGUUCUACCUAUGUUAUUUACCCAACACUCGGAGAACAAUCUUUAUACAGAACAAAAUUAAAUCCUCUUUUAAUCACUUUUCGUUUUAUGCUUUCACUGUACUGAUGAAAUAUUCAUCUUUCUUUAAGAUCUUUAGUUUUAUACACGUUUUGCUUCUUCCACGCUUUCAUUUCUCUUCUCACUCUUUUGCUUUGACUGGCUGGUUUCACAGAAAGGAUUUUUCAACCUCAAUUUGACCAAUGUAUGUAUCACUUUUUGUCUCAGUGAACUCACAGACCCACCCAUUGCUUGUUCUCUGCCACCCUUACCCCCUUACCCCAGUGCAACCUGUGUGUGUGUUUGAUUGUUUACAUAGAACGUUCAGAUAGAAAUGUGUCAUGUAGAAUAGAUAGGAUUGUCUGUCAUAUAGAAUAAGGAUUUGUGUCAGCUCUACAUAUUCCAUUGCUAUCUGCAACUUUCAGUUGAAUACCCACCAGGGGUGUGAUCAUGCAUGAUUAAUACAAGACAUAAUGAAAACCCACGGCCAUUACAGAACAGUGCAUCUCUGGAUCCUCACAUUUUCCCCUCUUGGUUUCAUAUUUGUCUGAAGUUCCUACAUUGGAGUUGUUUGCUUCUUAGAGUGAUCAUUCCCUUGUCUGUUCCUCUGUGGAAUUAGUUGUUUGAAUCUGUCCCUUCAAUUAAUACAAUUGAAACAGACUAAAUAUGGGUGGAUUAUCCAGGUGUGUGUUUGCGUGUGUGCAUAUCAAAGUGUUUUAUUUCACAUACUGUAUAUAGCUUAUGAACUCUAAGAAGUGCAUGUGUGUUGGGCGUGUUAUGGUUUGUGUGUAGAAUGUCAUAUUCUCUGUGUGUGUGUACUGUCCUGCUGGCAGUCGAGCUGCUGCAGUGUUUCCUGUAUUCUGUUUUGAAUCUCUGAUUGUCUCCUUCAGCACUUUUCUGAGCUCCUGCCUCCUCAGUUUCGAAGAGAGGUGUGUGUGCCUGCCAUGCCCUGAUUAACUGUGUGUUGUGGAUAAACACGUGGUAGAGCAGUGUAAGGCAGAUUUUUACAGGUUCAGUAGACAGAAGUGUGACUGUCUGCAUAGGAGAAGCCCCAUUGUCCAUCAACGAGACAAUCAGUUGUUUGAAUGUCAUAAAUUGUUGAAAAAAGUACACUGCUCCAAAAAAUUAAGGGAACACUAAAAUAACACAUCCUAGAUCUGAAUGAAUGAAAUACUCUUAUUAAAUACUUUUUUCUUUACAUAGUUGAAUGUGCUGACAACAAAAUCACACAAAAAUUAUCAAUGGAAAUCAAAUUUAUCAACCCAUGGAGGUCUGGAUUUGGAGUCACCCUCAAAAUUAAAGUGGAAAACCACACUACAGGCUGAUCCAACUUUGAUGUAAUGUCCUUAAAACAAGUCAAAAUGAGGCUCAGUAGUGUGUGUGGCCUCCACGUGCCUGUAUGACCUCCCUACAACGCCUGGGCAUGCUCCUGAUGAGGUGGCGGAUGGUCUCCUGAGGGAUCUCCUCCCAGACCUGGACUAAAGCAUCCGCCAACUCCUGGACAGUCUGUGGUGCAACGUGGCGUUGGUGGAUGGAGCGAGACAUGAUGUCCCAGAUGUGCUCAAUUGGAUUCAGGUCUGGGGAACGGGCGGGCCAGUCCAUAGCAUCAAUGCCUUCCUCUUGCAGGAACUGCUGACACACUCCAGCCACAUGAGGUCUAGCAUUGUCUUGCAUUAGGAGGAACCCAGGGCCAACCGCACCAGCAUAUGGUCUCACAAGGGGUCUGAGGAUCUCAUCUCGGUACCUAAUGGCAGUCAGGCUACCUCUGGCGAGCACAUGGAGGGCUGUGCGGCCCCCCAAAGAAAUGCCACCCCACACCAUGACUGACCCACCGCCAAACCGGUCAUGUUGGAGGAUGUUGCAGGCAGCAGAACGUUCUCCACGGCGUCUCCAGACUGUCACGUCUGUCACAUGUGCUCAGUGUGAACCCACUUUCAUCUGUGAAGAGCACAGGGCGCCAGUGGCGAAUUUGCCAAUCUUGGUGUUCUCUGGCAAAUGCCAAACGUCCUGCACGGUGUUGGGCUGUAAGCACAACCCCCACCUGUGGACGUCGGGCCCUCAUACCACCCUCAUGGAGUCUGUUUCUGACCGUUUGAGCAGACACAUGCACAUUUGUGGCCUGCUGGAGGUCAUUUUGCAGGGCUCUGGCAGUGCUCCUCCUGCUCCUCCUUGCACAAAGGCGGAGGUAGCGGUCCUGCUGCUGGGUUGUUGCCCUCCUACGGCCUCCUCCACGUCUCCUGAUGUACUGGCCUGUCUCCUGGUAUCGCCUCCAUGCUCUGGACACUACGCUGACAGACACAGCAAACCUUCUUGCCACAGCUCGCAUUGAUGUGCCAUCCUGGAUGAGCUGCACUACCUGAGCCACUUGUGUGGGUUGUAGACUCCGUCUCAUGCUACCACUAGAGUGAAAGCACCGCCAGCAUUCAAAAGUGACCAAAACAUCAGCCAGGAAGCAUAGGAACUGAGAAGUGGUCUGUGGUCACCACCUGCAGAACCAUUCCUUUAUUGGGGGUGUCUUGCUAAUUGCCUAUAAUUUCCACCUGUUGUCUAUUCCAUUUGCACAACAGCAUGUGAAAUGUAUUGUCAAUCAGUGUUGCUUCCUAAGUGGACAGUUUGAUUUCACAGAAGUGUGAUUGACUUGGAGUUACAUUGUUUAAGUGUUCCCUUUAUUUUUUUGAGCAGUAUAUAUAUGGGCAAAUGUCGCAACUCUCUAACACUUGCCUGAGGAUUUUGGGUUGUCGUUUAAGAUAUUUGAUUAUUGUAAUGCACCCAUUGUACUAAUCAUGACCAAUUAAUUUAGUACAAAUAUGUACGGACAGAGUAUGAUAUUGGUUAAUUUUUUUUAUUUGUAACCAAACUCUUGUACUGUAGUUGAAUCAGAGACAAUAUCUGAGGGUAGCGUGUAGAAAAAAACUCUCCGCUCACAGAUUCUGCAUUCAAUCUAACCUCCAAUGACCCCCAAAAGGAUAUGGGUAGCUGCGGCACCUGCACGCCCCUUAACACAGAGUGCUGUUUGGGAUAAAUAGGAGUCAUUAAAUGACAAGUCAUCUCCAUAUUACUGACCUUUGACCUUUCUCUCUCCUCCAAUCCCAGAGCCCCAAUCCCUCGUUGACCUUCUGUGUGAAGACUCACGACAGACUCUACUUCAUGGUGGCCCCUGUCCCGGAGACCAUGAGGAUAUGGAUGGACGUUAUAGUAACCGGAGCCGAGGGCUACACACAGUUCAUGAACUAA